CAAUUGUUAGUGUCAGAGCUAGGAUUCUCUCUGGCCCGCAUGACCCCAAAGCCCAUGCAUAUGUAUGUGUCUUUAACCCUUACUUCUUAGAAGUACAUGCAAAGGACACAUGUUAAAUUGUAAGCAGUAGUUGGGGUUACAAGUGAUAUUUUCUGCUUAUGGUAUUUUUUGCUUUUUUAAUUUACACAUUUGUUACAGAGAAUAUAUAAUCUUAUGUUCAAGAGGAGGGGAAAACACUGUUAGUAGAAUACUGGUAUCUUGCCUCUUAGGGUUUAUCGUCCCUGACAAUAAAGUCUCCCAGAGAAUGUUUCUCUUCUGGAUCAGAAGCCCUCUCCAAGAUGGGUCUCAAAGGGCGCUCUGAUCUAAGAGUGUGGCCUUAUCAAAACAUCUCCACGUUUUGUCUUUGAUGACUCUCAGGUGUGGGGUCAUGUCCGGGGCCAGGUGAGGAGCACAGAUGGUGGGACACAUGGCUCCGGGCACAGGCAACAUGGGAUGUGUGCCACUGGGCACGUUAGUUGUGUCACUUUAACUGUCACAUAAAACAAAAUCUCAAAAAAAAAGUUACCCCAUCCUCAGCUCCAUGACCUUGCUUCCUUUCUCUUCUCCCUCAUGCACACAGAGGUGUAGUUCAAGGAAAAGUGCUGCUGAAGAUAGGGAGGAACUCUCUACCGGCAUCACCAUGAGACCAGGGAGCCCCCGUGGUUGUCCUCUUCCCUCUCCGUGGGCCCCACUCUCCCCUGUCUGCUGGCCUUCCUUUGUUCAGCUGAGGGCGACAGGCCGGCUGUGGGGACACAGGCCCAGCAGGAAGACCGUCGGGGUGCUGCCCGGGUGCCAUGACGUCAUGCUCGAGAACGCCCCCAUUUCCCCACAGUGCGGUCUGGAACAUGGUCGCCCCAGGACCACAAUGCUUUUGCACAGGCCAGGGCCAGAAGAAGAGGUUAAAAAAGAUCAGGGACACCCUGCUCCUCUGAAGGGGUAGAAGGGGAGGAGAGUGGCAGAAACAAAGCCCAGUGGGUCUGGAAUGUGGAGACUGCGAGGCUGAGCAGAUGGAGGAUGGGAUGGACACCUCAAGGAGUUCUCAAAACCCAAGAGGCCAGGAGAGCUAGGGUCAGAAAAAUGUGUGGCCAGUCUGCUGUGGAGGCUGAUAGGGGCACACCACCCUUCUUAACUCUCCCACCUCUGACUCGUGUCACAUCUGGAUGGCAAGAAAUCAGGAACAUGUACAGCUCCACUUGGCAGCCCUGGCAUCACUCAAGGGAGAUAUAGUGGAGCUUAAUAAACGUCUGCAGCAAACAGAGCGGGAACGAGACCUUCUGGAAAAGAAAUUGGCCAAGGCACAGUGUGAACAGUCCCACCUCAUGAGAGAACAUGAGGACGUCCAGGAGCGAACAACGCUUCGGUACGAGGAACGCAUCACGGAACUCCACAGCAUCAUUGCUGAGCUCAAUAAGAAGAUAGACCGUUUGCAAGGCACCACCAUCAGGGAGGAAGAUGAGUACUCAGAACUGCGAUCAGAACUCAGCCAGAGUCAGCACGAGGUCAACGAAGACUCUCGAAGCAUGGACCAAGACCAGACCUCUGUCUCCAUCCCUGAAAACCAGUCCACCAUGGUCACCGCUGACAUGGAUAAUUGCAGUGACCUGAACUCGGAGCUGCAGAGGGUGCUGACGGGGCUGGAGAAUGUUGUCUGCUGCAGGAAGAAGAGCAGCUGUGGCCUCUCCGUGGCUGAAGUGGACAGGCACAUUGAGCAGCUCACCACGGCCAGCGAGCACUGUGACUUGGCCAUCAAGACAGUCGAGGAGAUUGAGGGGGUACUUGGCCGGGACCUGUAUCCCAACCUGGCUGAAGAGCGGUCUCGUUGGGAGAAGGAGUUGGCUGGGCUGAGGGAAGAGAAUGAAAGCCUGACCGCCAUGCUGUGCAGCAAAGAGGAGGAGCUGAACAGGACCAAGGCCACCAUGAACGCUAUCCGGGAGGAGCGGGACCGGCUCCGGAGGCGGGUUCGAGAGCUUCAAACGCGACUACAGAGCGUUCAGGCCACAGGGCCCGCCAGCCCUGGCCGCCUCACUUCCGCCAACCGCCCAGUUAACCCCAGCACCGGGGAGUUGAGCACGAGCAGCAGCAGCAAUGACAUUCCGAUCGCCAAGAUUGCUGAGAGGGUGAAGCUAUCGAAGACCAGGUCCGAGUCUUCAUCAUCUGAUCGACCAGUCCUGGGAUCAGAAAUCAGUAGUAUAGGGGUAUCCAGCAGUGUGGCGGAACACCUGGCCCACUCUCUUCAGGACUGCUCCAACAUCCAGGAGAUCUUCCAAACACUCUACUCACAUGGAUCUGCCAUCUCAGAAAGCAAAAUUAGAGAGUUUGAGGUGGAAACAGAGCGGUUGAAUAGCCGCAUUGAACACCUCAAAUCCCAAAAUGACCUCCUGACCAUAACCCUGGAAGAAUGCAAGAGCAACGCUGAGCGCAUGAGUAUGCUGGUGGGGAAGUAUGAAUCCAACGCCACGGCGCUGAGGCUGGCCCUGCAGUACAGUGAGCAGUGCAUAGAAGCCUAUGAACUCCUCCUGGCACUGGCUGAGAGUGAGCAGAGCCUUAUCCUGGGGCAGUUCCGGGCAGCCGGCGUGGGGUCCUCUUCUGGAGACCAGUCAGGGGAUGACAACAUCACUCAGAUGCUCCAGCGCGCUCACGACUGCCGGAAGACAGCUGAGAAUGCUGCCAAGGCCCUGCUCAUGAAGCUGGACGGCAGCUGCGGGGGCGCCUUUGCCGUGGCUGGCUGUAGCGCUCAGCCCUGGGAGAGCCUCUCCUCCAACAGCCACACCAGCACAACCAGCUCCACAGCCAGUAGCUGCGACACAGAGUUCACUAAAGAAGAUGAGCAAAGGCUGAAGGAUUACAUCCAGCAGCUCAAGAAUGACAGGGCCGCAGUCAAGCUGACCAUGCUGGAGCUGGAGAGCAUCCACAUCGAUCCCCUCAGCUAUGAUGUUAAGCCCCGGGGGGACAGCCAGCGGCUGGAUCUAGAAAAUGCCGUGCUAAUGCAGGAACUGAUGGCCAUGAAGGAGGAGAUGGCCGAGCUGAAGGCCCAGCUCUACCUCCUGGAGAAGGAGAAGAAGGCGCUGGAGCUGAAGCUGAGCACGCGGGAGGCCCAGGAGCAGGCCUACCUGGUGCACAUCGAGCACCUGAAGUCCGAGGUGGAGGAGCAGAAGGAGCAGCGCAUGCGAUCCCUCAGUUCCACCAGCAGCGGUGGCAAAGACAAGCCCGGCAAGGAGUGUGCUGAUGCCGCCUCCCCAGCUCUGUCACUGGCUGAACUGAGGACAUCAUGUAGCGACAGUGAUCUGGCUGCCGAGUUCGCCAAUGCCAUCCGUCGAGAAAAGAAGUUAAAGGCCAGAGUGCAAGAGCUGGUGAGCGCUUUGGAAAGACUCACCAAGAGCAGUGAAAUCCGACACCAGCAAUCAGCAGAGUUCGUGAAUGACCUAAAGCGAGCCAACAGCAACUUGGUGGCUGCCUAUGAGAAAGCAAAGAAGAAGCAUCAGAACAAACUGAAGAAGUUGGAGUCUCAGAUGAUGGCCAUGGUGGAGAGACACGAGACCCAAGUGAGGAUGCUUAAGCAAAGAAUAGCUCUGCUGGAGGAGGAGAACUCAAGGCCACACACCAAUGAAACUUCACUUUAAUCAGCACUUGGGCACCAAAGCUCCUUCCAUGGAAGCUAAACUCUAGCAGUUAACCGGGGACAGAAGCACCCCGGAGGCAGAGCACCUGGUGGGAGAGUGACAAAAAGGAAGGUUGGCAGGUAGGUCAGCACCUGCAUAGUGGAGUGCCAUGGACUCAUCAGCCCCAGGGGCGAGUGGCCUGGUGACACCGUGUAGACUAUCCAGAGGCUCCCGCCCCUCCCCUCCCAGGCCCACGGACAGCCUGUAAAUACCUGCUCUGUGCGCCAUGCUCAGUAGGCCUUGCUUCUGCUCUCAGCCCCGGCAGUCACUCUCCCACCUGUUCUGGAGCUUGUGCAUCGGUGGUACCCUCGGCAUUUGUUUUACAAGACUGUCCAUUCUUUCCUUAUCUUUGACACCCCAUUUCUCCUCUUUCUUCUUCAGAGAUAAAUGCUGACAAAACAUGGGAGUGGGGAGGGGUUGUCUUCAGCCUCUAGAACUGAUUUGCUUAUUGCAACCAGGCCUUUGGUGUUCAAGUCCCACUACCAACCCCAAGACAGACGGUCGCUCAGAGGUGCUCUGGAAGGUAGAUUACAGGGGGGUGGUGCAUAGGCAUCGCUUCUGGUCCCUGAUACAUUUGAAGUUAUGGGGGAGCAACCCCAGGGCUAUGCCUGACAGCUCUGUUUGGGAGAAUGAGACUUCUUUCACCUCUCACUGUGGAUGUAGGGAUGGGAAGGGCACUUUCUUUUGACUCUGGGAUUUUCCCUCCCAGUGGAGCCUUAUUAAAGCCAAGACUUAGAGCUGAGAUAGUCCUAUUGAUACAUAUAGUGGAACUAAAAUUUUACCAGGAGUUUCUUCAAGAGCAGAGGAGCAUUAGUACUUUUGCCCACCCCAGGGCACCACAUAAUUGCUGUUCUGCAUGAAUCAAACAAAGCUCAUGCACAGGACGAGAAACAUAGCUCUGGACCUCUCUUUCUCUAAAGGCAAGAGGCAGGACAUGGAGUAGACUGAAUGUUUUGCAGGCUGAUACCACCUAUUGAAGAGACUGCUACUGAACCACCAGUUCAACUUCACUUCUGCUGUUAGGAAGGGCAGGGGGUGAAGAAAUGGUUGUUGAGACCUCCUUUUAUCCCCCUAGAGAAAUGGCAGUUAGUAUACGGUACUUAGUCCUUAAACAGGUUAAAUCUCAAGAAAAAUGCUGACAGGGCUGGGCGGGGACCAAAGUACCUGAAUUCUUUCAGGAAGGCCUCCACCAUCUUAAAUUCAUUAUUCCAUUCCUGUCUUUCAGUUCUUCUGUAGUUACCCUACACUGACAUUUUCAAACACCACUUGCCUUUCAUUCUGUAGCACCUGAAGAUCCACCCAGUCUCCUGAGAACUGUAUCUCAAUGCCACAGUGCACGAAGUUUUGUUUAUGACCAGGUCACAUUACAGCCCCAAUAUCCGUGAGCUACUAAAGGUCUGUUUUCAGACAAGCUGAAUUCAUCAAGCCUUCUUUGCAAUGGCGAAGGCCACUCCAGCCACCACCUUGGAGGGCAGGGCAGUUCUUUCCCAAAAGUGAUCACCCUUCUUUCUCAGGCCAGCAGUGAAGCUGCCUGCCUUCAAACAAAACAAAACAAAAACCCGUGUAAGUCUGGAAGGACCAGCUUUUGGCUGCUUUGAUCACUGUGAAAGUGCCCACUGGCUCCUGUUUCUGUUAUGUAUCUCUACUAUUUAGCAAAGAUGGUUCUUGUGAUUUUUUUUUCUUAAUUUUUACGCGUGUGAUAAAGUUUCAUUUUGUCAUAAGGAAAAUUUUAUGGCUAAAAAAGUAUGUGCAAAAGGGGUUUAAAAGGCAAAAUGCUGGUUUUCCCCAUUUUUCCAGUCUGCCUAGGGGAAACAGCCUCCCCUUAGCCAACUGGGAUGUCCAGGGUGGGAAACCACUCAUGGCUCUCCUGUUGACUGAACAGGCAUCAGAAGUUUUAAUUUCACCAACACUGAAAGGUAUAGCUGACACAGGAAUAAAAUCGUCUGCUGACCUCUGUCUACCAUUCUUGGUCCAAGUUAAAAGAGAACUCACUCUUUUAGGUUAGGUAAGUCAUAUAGGGUCAUGUAACUCUUUCAGACUCGGGAGGUCUCAGCUCCUCCAUUUUAAGCCCGGUAUUACCCUACCUGGUCUCCUUUGAGUUUAUCCUUCAACAUCAUACUUUUUAAUAUGUGGUGACUAGAUCCAAACUAUUUCCCCAGAAAACUGUUACUUUUAUAAAGGUAUGGAAUAAAAAAGCAAUUAAAUAGUU